AUGGCUGGUUUGAAUGUCUCUAUAGCCUUUUUCUUCUCCAUUGUGGCCUUAUGUGAGGUCACCAGGAGGCUCUCCAAGAGAAUUUUUCCUCCUAAGGUGUACUUGUGUCUUGCUUGUGAACUGGCUGGCUCAUUCCAGCUGUGUGCUUGCUGCCUUGAACUGAAGAUGUUGGUGGAGAUUGGCCCAUGGGGAGGUGGCUUUGGCCCAGAUGUGAGCUUGACUCUUCUCUUUCUUCUCUUCAUGGUUCAUGGUGCUUCUUUUGAUGGAGCUUCUGCCAACCCUACUGUGUCACUCCAGGAGUUUCUAGCUUUGGAUUCUUCUUUUAUGGCCACUGUUGCCAAACUCUUGGCCCAGUUUGUAGGGGUGAAAGCAGCCAGUGUUUUUACCAAGAAAUAUUGGUCCAGGGAACUGACAGACUUCCACAUGAUUCAGAACUUAAUGGCCCAAAACUGCAGUUCAUCACUCAACACCUCUAUCUCUCAUGGCAUCUUUGUGGAAGCCGCUUGUGCAUUCUUUUUCCAGCUAGUGGUUCUUAGGUUCCAGACGCGUUCUCCCAUGUACAGAGUCCCUGGUGUGGCACUCACUGUUACUGCCUUGACCUAUACAGCUGCACCGUUCACAGGAGCCUUUUUUAGCCCUGCUCUAGCCUCUGCUGUGACCUUUUCCUGUUCUGGGAACAGCUUAUUGGAAUACACGCAAGUGUAUUGGCUGGGGCCCAUUGCAGGGAUGCUGGUAGCUCUCUUCGUGUAUCAGGGGAACAUCCCACGACUCUUCCAGACAAAUAUGUUGUACAGUCAAAAGAACAGAUAUAGGAUACCCAAAGGGAAAAUAAUUCCGGUGUCCGGCACUGAACAGAGACAGGCAAAAACAGAGAAGAGGACCAGCUGCUCAGGAUAUCUGCCAGAACAGAAUAAAAGAGAUUGACAUUUAUGGGUAGGGACUUGGAGUCCUUUCAGUCUUUGAUUUU